AGUGUCAGCAGGAGCAGGAGCAGGACGAGCAGACGAAAUGGCGAGCUCUCUUUACGCAGAGGACUUGAACUGUCCCGUGUGUUUGUGCAUCUUCACGGAGCCGGUCACUCUCACGUGCGGACACUCGUUCUGCCGCAGUUGCAUCACCGCACUCCCCUCUGCGCAGUGUCCGCAGUGUCGGGCUGUUUUACCGGCUAAAGGUGAAGCGGAGCGCCUCGUAACCAACCACAUCCUCAAGAGCCUGUCCGAGAAGGCCAAAGAGCAGCCGCUUCAGGCGAAGGAGGACCAGCUGCUUUGUCUGGAGCACGAUGAGAAGCUGAAGCUGUUCUGUGUCACAGACCAGAGAUUGGCCUGUAUCAUCUGCAGAGACGGAGAGGAGCACGACGGACACAAGUUUAAACCAAUCAAAGAGGCCGCUGCGGCACUGAGGCGGGGUCUGGACCCGGGCUUAGCCAACAUGGCGUCUGACAUCGAGGAGAUCCAAAACCUUAGAGAAGCGCAGAGCCUAGAGAGGAGCAAAGCCAAAGAACUGUCUGGAAAACUGCAGAGCCAAAUCCAACAACAGUUUGAGGUGCUCCAUCAGCACCUGAGGAAGAGGGAGGAGCAGGUCAUAGCUGAUCUGAAGACCAAAGAGGAGGAGGCACUUCAGAAGAUGAGCCACAGUCUGAGCUCCAUGGACUCGGCUCUGGCCCAGUGCACAGAGCAGAGGGACAGCUGGCAACAGCUCCUACAGGUCACAGACCCGGAGAUGUUCCUCAAAUGCUGGACUGAACAGAGCAGUGCUACCCUACAGUACAAAAAGCAGUCCAAGGGCCUGUCUGUGGUCCAGAGUCCUGCGUUUCAGAGCCCAUUCCAGAGUCACCUACAGUUCUUCAUGUGGAAGGAGCUACUGCAGGUGGUGGAACCGAGGCCGAUUCUUCUCACGCUACAAGAUGACAGCUCCACUGUGCCUAAGAACAACGAUAAAUAUUACCACUUCCACGGGUCUCAGAGCCCCCAAACCUUUCAAUUGUUCAGCACCAGUGAGUUCUCCUCUGGGCAGCACUACUGGGAGGUGGAGGUGGAGCUGAGGAGCUUCUGGCGUGUGGGUGUCAGAGAUUACUUCCUCGAAUAUGAAAAUCAGAAGUAUUUUUCCUGUAAACCAAACAAGAGUGUGCCAGUUUCCUUCAGCGGCGUGCUCAGGAGCCUGGGGGUCUACCUGGACUGCUCCUCUCUGAGUCUGUCCUUCUACAACGCUGAGUCCAUGGUAAAGAUCGUCUCACUGGACUGUACAGGCCUGUGCCUCCCUGUGUCUGCGUAUUUUAACGUCCAGAAGAGGAAGCCAGACACCAGCCACAUCACUAUCUGUCGCUACUGAAGCCUAAACUGCAUAUAUAAAUGGACGUAGCAAACACGGUAAACGCUGCGUUAAAAACACUCCUUUCAUCACUUUGUUUAUACAGUCUAUACUGAACACAAAAACAUCACCAAGAGUUUAAAGUGGGACUAAAGCCUGGGAGGGAGAAGGAGGGGCGGGGUCUGGGGGACUAAAGGGGAGAGUGGGGGGGUUUGUAAUCAGAAACACCUGGCUGUAAUCUGUGUAAUGUCAUAUAGUACAUGAAACUGCAGAGGCCGCUGUAGGCACCACACACUCUAAUUUGAGUGUGCAAAUUGACCUAGUUUGCACUGAAAUUGUCCAAAACAUGACUAAGAACCGUACAUAAUGCUAUUCAAAAAAGCAUUUACACAGUUUAGGAGUAAUAUAUGUCUUUAGUGCUUAGUUCCACUUUAAAAUAAUUCUGAAUAAUCAUCUUGAGUUGAGCUGUUUGUCGUGAAUGCCUUUGCUACAGCUUCUUUACAUUUUUGCUAGCAUUAGCAUUAGCCAACAGUUUUUCAGUUUUUCAGUGAGUCACUCUAACCUUUUUGUUGAAAAUCAAACUCAUAGUAACUGCUGAACAUUCCUAGAUAGACAUAUAUGCAGAACCCCCUAGCACUGGGAGGGUUGAGCGAUCAGAUCCACUGACCCACAGGUUGGUGGUGCAAUUCCAGCUUCUACAGAUGAAUACUGCCUUUGUGUCCUUGGGCAAAACACUCAACCCCUCGCCCCCAGUGUCUGUGAAUGGGGGAGUGGUUCCUUGAUGUAAAACGCUUUGAACGUGGAAAAGCACAAUGUAAAAAUUACCUGUUCCAUGGUUUUUGUUUGAGAAUUGUUAUGGAAAGUUUGAUAUUCAAGGCCUCGUUUGUAAAUACAUUGUAAUUGUAUCUAGUCAUUAUAAUGUGAACGCUUUUGUUUUUGCAGUUUGGAGCGUGGUGUUUGUGAUGAUGGUAAAGGGGUAAAUGCUUAAGAGCAGAUUAUGGGCGUAUAAUGUAAGUUUCCAGCCCUUCUAUUACGUAAUUGCAUGUUUGGUCCACUGGAGGGCGGUGUUGUUCUGUUCAGUGUUUGGGUGCUCUGUGUAAAUGUGGCUCUUUAUCUGAUGAAUAAACUGCUUCAUUAAAUAUU